AUGCAAUUCAACAUCAUCGCUGUCGUGGCCAGUCUCUUGGCACCUCACCUUACGACCGCAACACCCGUUGCCUCCCCGAGAGGUGGAGGCGGGUCUGUCGGUGGCGGCCAUGCAGGAGGCUUCGGAGGUGGAGGCUUCGGAGGUGGAGGCUUCGGAGGUGGAGGAGGAGGCGCCAAAGGCGGGAGCUUCAGCGGAGGUUCUAUCUCGUCCUCGUCCGGGCGCGGCGGCAGCUUCGCGGCCGGGGCUGCUACUGGCUAUAUCGGUGGUAUCUGGGUCGGCCAUGGUCCCUACCAUGGCGGAGGAGGUGGUGGCAGUUCAACCGAAGAGCCACCCCCUGCCGACUGCGUCGUGGCCAAGGCCGUGAACAAGGAGCUGAAGCCGAGCGUAGACUGCUUCUACUCCUGGGAGCACUGGCACUAUGACAACUUCCUCUUCUACGUGAUCCGCAUCACGCCCACCGGCCAGAUCAGCAAGGGCUGGGCCCAGGGUGUGUGGGACAACAUCAAGGGAGAGUGUGGCUCCAAUCAUAUCGACUUCUCAUCACGAGAGAGUCACCGCUUCCACAACGUCAACGAGCAGUUCGGAGAGUCGCGCGAGAUCAACGGCACCACCUUCCACGGCCUCGAGAUGACCGUCCCCUUGGAUAAGUGGACCCCGGAAGAGGAUGAGAAGAGCUGUGUCACCGCGGCUAUUAAGAAGGCCUCGUGUGGUGUCGACCUGUCCUUCGUCAACGGGUCGUGCUACAGGAAGCCAGGAACUUUGCUUGCACCCAUCACCAUCAACGGCGAGAAAUGA